AUGUCCAAACCAACAAGCUUAUUAUUCUCGAGGAUACUCACUGCCAGAGCCUUCAAUGUAGCUUUACCUCGACCCACAGUGUUACAACAGCGUACAUCUUUGUUGACAAGGGUGCCUGUGCGUUCAGUGCAUGCCGCUCCUAAAGACUACAACGGUUUGCAAUCAGCAGCUCAUCAUUUCAAAAGACAACGACACAUGCCCUACUUUUUAGAAUACCUCAUGUGGGUUGUCUUUGGUUCAGAAGCACUGCAUCUCAUUUGGCUCAAGAUGGAUUACAAAGAAUACAAAGAAAAGACAGCUCACAAAACCAAAUUACUGGAAGAACUCAUCAAGCGAAUUGAGAAUGGAGAGCAAAUUGAUGAUAGUUUACGAGAGGAGAUAAAGAUGGUCUUGAUGAACAACAAGCACCAUAGUGAUAUAGUUGGUGGUUCCGAUGAUGAUAUUGAUGAUGAAUACCUCAACCACUUGAUUGCCUCAUCCGAGAAACACCAGCAAAGCGAAACGAAGGUCCAACCACAGCAACAAAAACCAGCAAUGGAGUCAACCUGGAUUAGGGAAGACGAGGGCGAGGAAUCUUCAGUAAAUGCAGAUGGCAUUGAAAAGAAGGACACUAAAAAGAAACCCUUCUUCUUGUAG